AUGUGCGAUGAAAGUUUAUCUUCACUCCCGACUUGCGUGUUGGAAGGGCGAGCUCACUUUCAUCACGACCUACAGCGGCUGCUGGGAAAGGCCAAGUGGCGGGCUUUCAAACGAUCUUGUGCGGCAGCUACCGGUGGUGAGAACGAGUGGUACGACAAGCAGUGGAAAGCUGGAGCCUGUCACGGUCAAGGAGGAAUCCGCUUCGCCGGUAGCGGCGACAUGUGUGUCGGCUCCUGGGUGGGGAACCAAAUGCACGGGAAAGGAAAGAUCGUGCAUGGAGGUGAAGGUGGAGAGGACGAAGGAACGCACAACACUUCCGUGAAUUGUGUGGGGUCGAGAGGUGUGUGGGACAACGGGCAGCUCUCCGGCCAAGCGACGGCUCAGUACAACUACGGAAAUCGGUACACUGGCGGCUUCGAAAGGGGCCGGAGGAGCGGUGAGGGAACUAUGUUCGCCGCCACACAGGUGUUGAGUCUUCACGAAGAAGGCACGCGGCCCACGGCACCCCGCAGCACCCACACACGAAAGGAAAGGGACCAGGAUCGUCAACGCUGCCCAAGUUCCAGGUAG